ACAGAGACAACCUGGGAGAGGCCAAGCAGUGUGCCUGGGACUCCAAAGAGCCCUGGGACACAGAAGAGCCCUGCAGUGAAUGGCUACCAUGUCUCUGGGACCCCAGUACAUCAGCUGGAUUCCAGUCAUAUGAGCCUCCGAAGAAACACUGGGGAAACACAGAUAAACUGUGUGACCUUCCCCCACCCUGAUGUAAUGCCAGAGCAGCAGUUGCUGAAACCCUCAGAAUGGAGCUACUGUGAUUAUUUCUGGGCUGAUAAGAAGGAUUCACAAGGGAACAAUACGGUAUCAGGAUUUGAAAUUCUUCUUCAAAAGCAACUUAAAGGGAAGCAGAUGCAGAAAGAAAUGGCAGAGUUUGUUCGAGAAAG